ACUACGUUCUGAUGGUUUUACAAUCACGGAAUACGGCAUACAGUUUACUUCUGACGAAAUGAAGAAAAAAUCAUUUGUAUUUGCUUUUACAGGUUUACUAUUUGUCUUGGUUCGGACUUCCGGAAAGCUUUUCUCAUGUGAUCGGAUACAGAAUGAACGGAAUUGUUACAUCCACAACAUAACCAUUGAUCCCCAGGAAGAUCAUAGAACGCUCCGAUUCCCGGAUGUUUUGCAGUUAAUUAUCGACUCUGGAUCGAUAAAGAGCUUUUCGAGUAAUCUUUUUGUGAGCUUAGGAGAUAUAAACUUUUUAACGCUUAAAGAAGGUCAUGUUCAAACGGUCAACUUCAGUUCGGAAACUUUGCACUCGCUACGAAUCGAUAAAACGGGCCUGACAAACUUGAGUAUUGCAACCAUUCCGAACUACAAUUUGAACACUUUGAUGAUAAACCGAAACCCGAUAGUAACGCUACCAAACACAAUUCGCUAUCUGUUUGCGCUAUCGAUUUUGGAUCUUUCUCGGAACCGAUUGAGCCAUAUAAGCUUGGAUUGGUUCCAGCAAAUGAACAACCUAUUGGUUUUGGACCUCUCCUGGAAUCGCAUUGCUCGAAUUGAUGGCAGUUCCGAUCUUCGGUUGAAUCGGUUGAAGAAUUUUUGGGUCAAUAACAAUCAGUUGAUGCAAAUUCCAUGGUUUCCUAUAGGAUUUCCCAAGUUGGAACGAGUGCGUCUUUCGAGUAACUAUUGGAGCUGCAAUUGGAUCCGGUCGACGAGGCAGCAGAUUUGGGAUCGAGACGUACGACUGUUCGAUGCCGAUGAUGUGUGCAGUGGCAAAAGUGAAGGUGGUCUUUGCUGUUACGAUUCGGUCGCGGUGAUCCCGCAGGCAAAGUACGAAUUUGUAGAGAUUGAUUUCGACCCUCAGCAGGAACAACAACAACAACAACAUCAUCAAGUACAACAAAAACAAGUUGCGUUAGAAGUGAUAAGUUCACCCUCUGUUUCGAUGCAGAAUUAUGAACGGAUAGCAAAUGAUUCGUGCCAGAUGAUGUACGAAAGCGUUCGAAUACUGGAGAGAGACAAUCAGCUUUUGAUGGUGAAAAAAUCAGAGAUGGAACUGAAAUUAGCGAACAAAGUGGCUUCGUUAGAGGAAAUGUUAAAAGCAGCUAGAGAUGAUUUGGAAGUAUCGGAAAAGGAAGUAUCACGGUACAGGUUAAAAGAGCGGUUGGAUUUGAUAGCGAGGACGAAUAGUGUGAGGCAGAAUGGAAGAACGUAGCAUGUUUUAGAAGAAUUAUAGAAUCUGUUAGGCCUCUAGUAAGGGUUUUAAAUAAAUUUUAUCACACCAGCUAUGCAAUGUUUAAUAGGUUGAAUUUAAAAAAAAUCACUUACCUCGUGUCGUCAAACAUCGAA